AUGAACAAAUUUUCAGGCCUCGAUUAGAAGAAAUUCCUAGUGGAUUUAAAUAUUAAUACUUUAAGAAGGAAGAAAAAUUUGACAUUAAUUGAAAAACUUUCAUCAGGUGAUAAUUUCAAUUAAUAUAGCAAUUAAACAGGCUUCACAACCAAAGGCUAAGAAGCUGAAAAUAGAGAUAAGAGGAAUUAAAUUUGGAAAGACUCCUAUCGGUAACUUCAAUUUCAAACAAAAGACCAAAUAUAUGACUACUUAAUGUAACUAAGGAAUCAAGUGUUAGAUAGGCAGUAUGUAGGUUACUUAGAAGACAUAGAUCAAUUAGUGAACAUCAAUAAAUUUAUAGUAAAUAAACAUUUGAAUACAGAUAAAAAGAUCAAGGAGCAAAAGACUAAGAUAAAUGAUUUCUCCAAAGAACAAAGAGUUAAACUUGCCAAGAUUAUAAUGGCAAUAAAAGUUAAAUUACUAAUGAAUGAAGAUUUACAAUGA